CGCUGCUGGCAGCGCCGGAGCCGAGCCCGGCUCGUCCUCCCUUUCUCUCAGCAUCCUCCGGUGCUCCGGGAGGUGAUACAGGCACAGCAGCAUCCAUGGCCUGCCCUUAGCCUCAGCACCUUUUUUUUUUUUUUUUUUUUCUUUUCUUCCUUCCCCCCUUCCUUGUUAUUCUGUCAGCUAAGCGAGCCGGGGAUCGGAGGUGUUUGAUUGAAGGGCUUACGUUAAGCAUCUGGUAACUGGGAUCGUAUUCUCCUGUAUUUUUUCAGGCUCCUUGGAAAUUGAGGAAUGCAAUUCUGCCACCAUGAUGGAAGGAUUGAAAAAACGUACAAGGAAGGCCUUUGGUAUACGCAAGAAAGAAAAGGAUACUGAUUCCACAGGGUCUCCAGACAGGGAUGGCAUCCUGCCCAGCCCUCAUCCCAAUGAGCCACCUUGCAAUAGCAAACCCGAGAGUGUGCGUGAAGGAGGAAAAAAAAAUUCGAAGAAAACGAACGGAGCCCCGAAUGGAUUUUAUGCGGAGAUCGACUGGGAUAGAUACAAUUCGCCUGAGCUUGAUGAGGAGGGAUACAGCAUCCGACCCGAGGAACCGGGAUCUACCAAAGGAAAACACUUCUACUCCUCGAGCGAAUCCGAAGAGGAAGAGGAGGCGCACAAGAAGUUCAACAUUAAGAUCAAGCCUUUGCAGGCUAAAGACAUCCUGAAGAGCGCGGCAACGGUGGACGAGCUGAAGGCGUCAAUAGGCAACAUUGCACUUUCUCCAUCGCCUGUGAGGAAAAGUCCGCGGCGCAGCCCGGGGACGAUUAAAAGGAAUUUAUCCAGUGAGGAGAUCGCGCGGCCCCGGCGAUCCACACCGACGCCGGACCCCGCCAGCAAGAAAGCCGGGGAGGACCCCGCCGCGCUGGCACCGCUCUUCGGGCCCCUGCUGGAGUCGGCGUUCGAGGAGCAGAAGCUGGACGCUACACUAGAUCAGCCUGAGAUAUGGGGUUCGGUCCAGCCCGUCAACGCAAGCGUAGAGUCCCCAAAGCUACCGAGACCUUUUCCAACCGGAACUCCUCCACCCCUCCCGCCGAAAAACAUCCCGGCCACGCCGCCGCGCACCGGCUCUCCGCUGACGGUGGGAAUAGGAGGGGACCAGACAGCAGCAGAACUCAAAAGUGACAAACUUCCGUCCAUCAAUGACUUGGACAGCAUUUUUGGCCCCGUGCUAUCCCCCAAGUCUGCUGCUGUUAACGCAGAAGACAAGUGGGUCAAUUUUUCUGAUCAAUCCCCGGAAAACGUGACUCCGGAGUUGACGCCCCGGGAAAAAGCGGGGUCCCCGCCGGCGGCAGCGGGCAGCCCGGCCGAUGCUCCAGCGGCUGAGCCCUCCCGCCCGCUCCCCUCGCCGCUCCACCUGGAAGAGGUUCACAAGAAGGUUUCUGAGCAGCCUCACCUUAAGGAUGAUAACUUGGAGCCGGCUGCCUCUCCCAAAGAUUUUGGGCUGGGACAAAGAGCGACCCCGCCUCCCCCUCCGCCGCCCACCUACCGCACGGUGGUCUCCUCACCCGGACCGGGCGCCAGCAGCGGCACAGGAAGCACCAGUGGUUCCUCGUCCCCGGCUCGUCCCGGCACGCCGCUGGCCACCUGCGGCACCCCUCCGCCACCGCCGCCCCGACCCCCCUCCCGGCCCAAGCUGCCCCCCGGCAAGCCCACCGUGACCGACGUGUCCAGGCCUUUUAGCCCUCCUAUUCACUCAUCCAGCCCUCCUCCGAUAGCACCUUUAGCCCGUGCUGAAAGUACUUCUUCCAUAUCUUCCACCAAUUCCCUGAGUGCAGCCACCACUCCCACCGUUGAGAAUGAACAGCCUUCCCUCGUUUGGUUUGACAGAGGAAAGUUUUAUUUGACUUUCGAAGGCUCAUCGCGGGGGCCCAGCCCCCUCACCAUGGGGGCACAGGACACCCUGCCCGUCGCCGCCGCCUUCACAGAAACCGUCAACGCGUACUUCAAAGGGGCCGACCCGAACAAGUGUAUCGUGAAGAUCACAGGGGAGAUGGUGCUGUCGUUUCCAGCGGGCAUCACCCGACACUUUGCCAACAACCCCGCUCCGGCGGUGCUCACCUUCCGCGUGCUGAACUACAACAGGCUGGAGCACGUCCUGCCAAACCCCCAGCUCCUCUGCUGUGACAACACGCAGAGUGACGCCAACACGAAGGAGUUCUGGGUCAACAUGCCAAAUCUGAUGACUCACCUAAAGAAGGUAUCGGAACAGAAACCGCAAGCCACCUAUUACAAUGUGGAUAUGCUCAAAUACCAGGUAUCUGCCCAGGGUAUUCAGUCUACUCCAUUAAACCUUGCAGUGAGCUGGCGGUGUGACCAUGCAAGCACUGACCUCCGCAUUGACUACAAAUACAAUACAGAGGCAAUGACCACACCGGUAGCUCUAAACAACGUCCAGUUCCUCGUCCCCGUCGACGGAGGAGUCACCAAACUUCAAGCUGUGCUUCCUCCCGCUGUCUGGAAUGCCGAACAGCAAAGGAUAUUGUGGAAGAUCCCCGAUAUCUCUCAGAAGUCAGAAAAUGGAGGUGUGGGGUCUCUGCUGGCCCGAUUCCAGCUCUCGGAGGGGCCCAGCACCCCGGCCCCCCUGGCCGUGCAGUUCACCAGCGAGGGGAGCACGCUGUCCAGCUGCGACAUCGAGCUCGUCGGCGCCGGGUACCGCUUCUCCCUCAUCAAGAAGAGGUUUGCGGCAGGUAAAUACUUGGCCGAUAACUGAUGGAAGCUUAUGCAAGUCUAUGGAAAAUAAUAUGGAAAAUACCCAAGGACUGCUGUGUGUGGAACGGGUUUUAAUUACAGUUUAAGGAAAAUGAACUAUAUCCUGCACUCGCGACAUUUCUGUUGGAAGUGUCGACAACUUUCAGCAUUUUUUCCUUGGAAAACACCGUCUUGACCAGUCCUACAGUAUUUACUUCUAGAUGUAACAUUGUUAAUGGUUUUAAAAUGUAAUUAUUGUAUUUGUAAAUUGUACUCAUUCCAGUAAGGCUGUAUUUUGGCAGUUAGACACUUGAGUUUUAGCAUUUUACCAUUCAUGAAAUGGAUGUAAUUUAAACUGUGGUAUAUAAAUUUAAUAGUAGUACUGUUGAAUGGCACAAUGCUUACAGAGGUAGAUUACAUUUUGUCAAUAUAUACGAUUUAAAUACAAUACUGAUAGCUGUUAUGAAGGGGGUGCCUCACAAAGAGAGAGUGAAGCAGAACCGACAUGCUGAUUUACUUUUUCUUCGGUCCUUAGUACGUCUCACGGUGAUGAAUAAAAAGCUCUAUCUUCAAGUUUAGCUGGUUUAACUCCAGAAAAAAAUAUUGCUGUAAAUGUGGAGGUUCCUAAUACAGUCUCCCAGCAAAAAGCAGGAAAAAAAAAAAAAAGUCACUUCUAUAAAGAGUACUUACGUCGAACUUCCAUUACAAGAAACCUCCGUGAACAUGCCCUUGUUCUCUUACAGCCGCAGAUUAACCGUCAGGAGUCCCAGCGGCGCGUGCACAGGCGAGGAGCUCCUCUCUCUGCCGCGCGUCCUUACACUUUGCAGAGCGGCAGAUAAGGAGAUGAGCAGGCAGAGAGGCUGGGCAGGAGCUCCGAGCCUACAGCACUGUCCGGGAAAAGCGAUGGCUGUUUUUAAAGACACAUUUUCUGAGCAGUCUCCAGAUUUUUGGUUGCAUUUCAUCUCGCUUUUUCCCUUUCCCCCCCCCCAUUUUUGAUAGCUCCACAGGUUUAGAAAAUGCUUUAAAGAGAUGCAGCCCCCCCCUCCCCGUGCCUUUCCAUGUUACCCCUCUGCCAGGACGGCGUGUAUAUACAAGCACGGGAGAACGAACGCAGCCCGAGCCUGGCCCUUGCUGGGACACCCAGCGCUGGCCGGGGGAGCAGGAGCAGCGUGGGGGGCUGCCGAAAGCCCGUGGGGCAGGAGCCGGCCUUGCCGGCAUCAGCAGCAGCUAUCUCAUGGGAUGGGGAAAACGCAUCGAAGUGCUAAACCGGAGGCUGCGGGGUGGGGGGAAUAAUUGUCCUUUGGUGUUUUCCCUGAGCCGGCUCCUGCGCCGUGUGCUGCUCCUCCCUGCGCAUCGCCCGCGCAGCGUGCGGCGGCGUUUGAGUCCCAGCUGACAUUAGUCUCGAGCUACUGCGGGCAACGCGGCGAUAGCGUUCGUGGCAUUCGUGGCGCGGCAUCUGCCGAGACGGAGAGCUUCUUUUGAUGGGAGAAUUUGGCCAUAUUGGGGAAAACAGAAGGGAUCUUUUCGGAAUUAAAGGCAGCUGCUGUUGAGGUGCAGAGAGAAGCAUAGGAGCAUCCGCUGAAUGGGGUGCUGGGGGCUCUGCUGUGUCUCAUCUCAUCUCAUCUCAUGCGUGAGAUGACAAACAGCGCUAAUGUUAGUCACAAACGUUGCCAGGAUUAGGCUUGUGCGUUUGCGUUAAAAAAAACUCAGACUGUGCAUGUUGGGAAUUGCUGGCUCACAGGGCAGUUUGGAGUGAUGGAAGAAAACAGAAAUCCGUGCCCAUCUUAAAAGAAAAUAAGAAAAUCUGGAGCUGUUUCAGUUCCGAGGUGACUCCCAGGCUGAGAUAGGUAUGGCAGGGUGCCCGAGUUGUGCGCGUGCUCACAAAAGGGAUCAACGCAGAAGAUAAAGCACAAUUAAUUCAGUUACGCCACUUCAUACAUCUUUGCGGUUUUUGAAAGUACGCUUGCCAGUACUCCUGGAUGGAGCGUUCGACUCCGUUAAUAAUUUGUCCCCUGAAAUGGAAAUAUGUAUAAACUGUGUAACCUACCCCUUUCCGACACAGGAAUACAGGGCAGAAUCUAAGAAUCAGUUUUGGCAUAGUUGGUUCACGCUGUGUACAAUUGUUAUAAAACUCAUGCUUCCAAAAGAGAUCUAUGUCAUAGUCCUGAAAAAUAAGGAUUUUAUAAUGUAAAUAUUACCAGAACAUAGAUAUUUUACUUUAUAUUUCAUUUGAAAGACAAGGUGUUUACAUUAGCACUGGGUUUUUAAAUGCUUUUUAAACAAAACAAGAAAACCCUGUAACCCAAAGCUCCCAAGCUUGUCCCACGUGCGCUGUCCCACAAAACGGAGGUGACAUUUUCUGGGUGCGUGGCGGUGCUGGGAUGCAGCGCCCGCGGCCUGGGUAGGGAGAUGAGAAAGUCCUGCUCCCUUUCUGGGGCAAAUUGCCUGGCAGACCUGAGUUCGAUGCGCCGGCACCUCGGCAGCCCCUCGGGGACACGGUCCCCCCGCGGCCACCGGCGGGUGACACAAAACAGUUAUUCCCAGCCCGCAACACUGGGACCAAAACCAGCGGUUCGGGACAGGUUUUUUUGCGUACUGCUUUUGCCAAUUUUUCGCGUAGCGUUUCGGUUCGCUAGGCAUUUGUUUUCUCCGGAGCAUUGAACUGCGUGUCUCCGCUUUCCCUCCCAGCAUGAUCACCCUUCUGGACUCCUUUGCAAGGAGAUGCCGGUCCGCGGUGACGGUUUAGCUUUCCUGCCCUGUUUGAUGUCUGAGCAGAGAGGCGGAGCGGCAGAGCGCCCCGGGGAUGCUUAUUUUGUCGUGUAUUUGUCUUCCCGCGUGCCGUAGGAGCGUGGCACCCCAGCAUUGUCCCACGCGGGGAGCGGGAACAGACCAGUUGUGUUUCUAAGUCUGAAGCGCAGGAGCCUGGGUUUCUUUCCACCUGGCUUUGAGAAGGUGUCAGCAGAAAAAAAGAUUAGGAGCAGCAGCUUGGGAUGUAUCAGACUUACCUUCGGAGCACCAAAGAGGGGCGUAUAUAGGGACGUUUAUCCCCAGUUUUGGCUUCUGUAGUAGUGGCGAGAGCCCGUGGCUCCGGAGAGGGCACGGGGGAUGCGCUGCCCUGUUGCAUUCGGGGCACUCGGGCUCUGCAGGCUUCGCCUCCGCUUUUAGGCAGGAAAAACCGUGUAUCUUCAGGGACCACAUCCCUGCCCGCUAGCAGAGAGCAGGGAGUUGAAAAGGCAGCAGCGGUUCGGUUGCCUGUACAUCACCCGCAUUUCCAGAGCUAAGCAUCGGCGCUCCGUUUCUGAGCGCGCGGUCCAGAGGGUCUUUCGCCAAGUCAGGCGGGGGCUGAGAAGGGGGCUCAGCCCUCCGGCACUGGUACCCCUGAACUCAGCAGCACUCCCAUCUGACUACCCGAGUGAACAAAAGGAUAAAUAAAAGAGGCAUUCAAAUAAUCAACGGGUGUGAUUUUAGCCUUGCAUAGAGCUGUCUCCUCCGGGGUCCCAGCAGCCCACGCCUGCAGGGUCAGGGUGCCCGCUGAUGGAGCCGGGAGGAGUUUUCCCUGCCGACACCUGCAGACUUGGGUCUUUAGAUAUUAGGAGCAAGAAGGCUUUUUUUUUUUUUUUCUCCCAACUUUUCUUCUUCUGUUUGUUGCAAAUAUUCAGGAUUCCCAGCCAGCUGACGGCACUCCUCACAGGAGAUGUUUCAGACCAAUUUUCUACUUUAACAAUAUUUCUUAAUAACUAUGAAAUUGCUCAGUAGUGUGAAACGCUACCAGAUAAUAAGCGUUUCAUUUGGUGUUUACUUUUGUUCUUAAAUAUCACUCCCAUAUUCUAAAGCUGCUGCUUAUUUUUGUUGUAAGGCCACUGUCCGUUAAACUCCCAUUCCUGCCCAGCUGGCGUGAAUUCUCGGUACGUACGUGGGUGGCUUCACUCGCAAAAGCUUUGUCACACGAGCGUGAUCUUGUACCGAGGAGGUUACACAACUGCAUGCUCCCCCUGAUGCAGGCUGGAUUUAGAGAUGUUAGUGCUGUUAUUCAGUAUUUCAGUUAAAUUGAUUUUAUCUUCAGUAUGCCCUUGCGGGAUUUAUCUAUUACAGGUUUUUUUAAAACAUAGAUGGAAAAAAAAAAAAAAAAAAAAAAGAGUUUAUGUGAAGAUGAUGUCCCGUUUUGGCCAGGCAGGGAGGCGAUGGGGAGAGAAGGCAGUGGCACACCCUCGCUGCGGGAUGCUUCGGGGUAUCUCUUGUGGUUUGAGCUGCGUGGGGAGCACCAGAAAAAUGUGCUGCUUAAACUUAUUAUUUUGAUCAUUUUGAAGUCAUGCACACCCGCAGGUGAGACCCGGCUGCCUUCUCCUUUCAACACGAUCACAGAGACCCGGGGUAGUUGUUUAGUGCCCGGUUGUAAAAACUGGCCAGCUCUUGCACGGGUGAUCAUUUUACCACCGAGGUCCCUGCCCAGACCUUGCCGUGCUGCCCACGCCGCCGCAAGUCAUACUUGUGUUCGUUUACCUAAUUCCAGAUGAUUCAAACCAUCCGGCGAUGGCACUCUGUUGAACCGCAGCUGCAGAGCUUCCUGCAGCACGAGCAUCCCAUAAAGCAUCCCCGCUUCGCUAUCUCCCCGCAGAAUCAUUUUUAAAUGGCUGGACUGCAAUGAAAAAGUGAUGUAUUUUUUAAAUGACCUAAGGGAGAGUCAAACAUCUUUUACUAAAAACAUCCGUCCCUCCUUGGACCUCUCCCUCGGUUCCCCAUCUCCUUCGGCAGCGCCGCGGUUCCUCUGCCCACCGGGCACGAGGUGCAGUUCUGCGGCCGGGAGGAAUCCUGCUCCACUUCACCUUUUUUUUUUUUUUUUUUUUUUUUUUGGAAAUAUGGCCCAUGGGGCUGUUACCCAAACACCCAACAUCUAUUUCAGAAAGCCACUUUAAUACACUGAAUUUGGAGUGGGUUUUUUUCCCCUACCCUUUCGUUGUUUUUAAUGUGAAAAUGUUUUGGUUAAAAAACUUAAUUUUGAAGCUUACCGUGACCAAAAUACAUAACAUCAUCACAUUGUACUUUUCCAGUAAGAAAUUACUGUCUCAAAUAUUUUUAUUUCAUAGCCAGAGGAGUUCUUUUUCUCACAAUUUCCCAAGGAAAGUAAUUCUUGCAGAGCCAGGGAGUUUUUAUGAUCAUCAGUAUUUAAUUUCUUAUUUCACUGCAAGGCAGGAAAAAAAAAAGAUCUGCAGAAAUCCCCUCCGCCUCCUGCGUGACGUCCCCUCUCACUUCAGGAGAGACUGCAGAUAACGCUGCUGACAUUUGUUCUUAAAAUCACAAGCGUUAGCGUGGCGAUGCUCCUCAAAGGUUUGCACGCAAGCAGGACUUCACUACAGGCCAAGCAGUAUGUGAUCGAACACGCCGGGAUUUAGCGAGGCGUUCAGAAUAUCCGAUUCCUCCCUUAGAAAUCUCUCUUGUUCCGGACACAGGGCGAAUCGCUGCAGAUGUGCCGUCCUGCUCUUGGGUUCGUAAUCCAUGCAGGAGGGGGUUUUUCCACUCCAAAAUGCUCUAAGGUUGAUGAAAUCACCCGCUUGCUUUGACGGCAUAAAAACGUACGGAGACGUUAGUUGUGGUCUGAGAGAGGAAUCGAGUCGGGUUGUGGUUUGAAGCUCCGGUCCUGCGGCCACGGGUGGUGGGUGGAGGGCGCAGGAGAACCUCGCCGUGAUACCUCUGAACCCAGAGGAAACCCCAGAAGCGAAUUGGAUUUCCCAGGGUAUCGCCCUGUAUCAUUUUAUGAACUCCCUCCUGUAUAAAAUGUUUAUAAAUAUUUGUGGAUUAAGAUACACAGGUCUAUUUUUAAGAUUUAAGUUAAAUAAGUUAAUUAAUGGCUGGCCUUUUUUGCCUAAACGUGCAAUGAGAUAUAUUAUACCUUUAGUCUACGAUGGCCUAGGUACUGCUUAGUCUGUGAUGAAAACUUUGCUGCUUACCUACUGUUCUCAGAGAAAAAACUGUAAAAGACGUACAGGUUUGUUGCACACAGACUAUUGCAGCAAAGCUUUGUAUUUGACCACUGGUAAUAUGAAUGUGUUGUAUUGACUUGUUGAAGAUAAUCAUGAAACAACAUAUUUUAAAUGUUACUUGCCUUAUAGAUUAGAAUACGACUAUGUGGAUAUCAUUUUUGUAAAUAAUGUUUUUUAUAAAUGUCUUUCCUCCAUUCUCCCCGUCACCCAUUUCACAAAAUCUUGAAUAUGCAAUUAUUUACCACGCAUAAUGUUGCAACAAAUACAUCCCCACGUCAGAACAAAGUUUAUUAAUUCUAUACAUAAGAACCACAUUAAAUACCCAAUUGAGUUGCAAUUUAAAUGUGAUUUUUUUUUUCCUUGAAAAUAAACAAAACCAGAAAACAC